AUGAACAUUCGGGGCGCCCCGGACCUCGGGCAGCCCAGUGACGACCCUAGCAGUGGUGGCGAGCGGGAGCGGAUUCGACAGCGCAUGAAGAUGGUCAUCGGGCAGCUGGAGGGCAUCCUGCGGGAACUCAAGGAGGUGGCCAAGGAGCUGAGGGAGGUGGUAAGCCAGAUUGAUAAGCUGACCUCAGACUUCGACUUUGAAUUAGAGCCAGACGACUGGACCACAGCCACUGUGAGCAGCACCUCCAGCAGUGACAAGGCAGGCAUAGGUGGCCCCUUUGACCUGGGCCACCUGGACUUCAUGACAGCUGAUAUCCUCUCGGACAGCUGGGAGUUCUGCUCCUUCCUGGAUGUAUCCACCCCCUCAGACUCUGUGGAUGGCCCUGAGCUGACCCGGACAGGUGCUGGCCCUGACUAUCGGCUCAUGAAUGGUGGCAUGCCCAUCCCCAAUGGGCCACGGGUGGAGACCCCAGACUCUUCCAGUGAGGAGGCGUUCAGUGCUGGCUCCACCAAGGGCCAGCUGCCCCAGCGGACCCCGGGCACACGGGAGAGGGUGCGGUUCAGUGACAAAGUGCUCUACCAUGCACUGUGCUGUGAUGAUGAGGAGGGGGACGGCGAGGAGGAAGCGGAGGAGGAGGAAGUGGGCCUGCCCUCUGAGCCUCCACGUACAGAGCCCCACGUGGGCCCCCUCAAGCCUUCCCCGGCCCCGCACAAGCUGAGGCGUUCUCCACUGACCAGCCGCCGCUCAGGCCCUGCCUUGGCCCCAGAGCAGACUCGAAGGGUCACGAGGAACAGCAGCACCCAGACAGUGUCAGACAAGAGCACGCAAACGGUGCUGCCCUACACGGCCACCAGACAGAAAGCCAGAGGGAAAAACUAG